UCGAAAAUUGUACAGCACUGCUUGAUCAAUUUGCUGGUCACACUGAUUCCUACUAUUGAUUGAAACAAAAAAUUUACGCAAAUACGCAAGUAGGAAUUUUUUUGUAUUCCAAUGAAAAGUAAAGCAUAAAAUCCAUUGUGAAAAAUUGUGGGGUGGUGGGAGCAAAAGCAGUGGCAAACGGAUACGAUACUCAAUAGGCCAUAGUAAAGAGAGCGAAAGGCAAGAGCAAGAGCAUGACAUGUAUUUGAGUACCCAGCAGCGGCCGAAGAGAGCGCAUUAAGCACACGCACACAACUAUACACACUUGUGUGGGAGUACACACACAUACACACACAAACGGAAGGAAGGAAACUGGCAUAGGAUACAACACCGAAAUAAAAAGGAAAGGACGGACGGUAGGAAGGAGAAGAACUUCUGCGAAAAGUAGGAUAAUCGCGAAUCGAAAUGAAUCCAGCGGUGGAUGCGUGGGCGGUGACCCAGCGGGAGAAGCUCAAGUAUCAGGAGCAGUUCAAAGGCCUCCAGCCCCAGGCGGGCUUCAUUACGGGCGCCCAGGCGAAGGGAUUCUUCCUACAGUCCCAGCUACCGCCUCUGAUCUUGGGCCAAAUAUGGGCACUGGCUGACACGGAUUCCGAUGGCAAGAUGAACAUCAAUGAAUUCAGCAUAGCAUGCAAGCUGAUCAAUCUGAAGCUGCGCGGCAUGGAGGUGCCCAAAGCGCUGCCCCCAACUCUGUUGGCCUCGCUCACCGAAGGCCAGAAAACGCCCACAAUGACGCCACGUGGCUCUACGAGCAGUUCCAUGAGUCCACUCGAUCCGCUGAAGGGCAUUGUGGCUGCCCCAGUUCCCCUUCCAGUGGCCCUCCCUGUCGCCGUGCCCGCUGCCCCAGUGCCAGUGGCUGUGGUGCCAGCAGCAGUAGCGAUUGUCUCGCCACCAGGACUACCGGCAGGGCCAACGCCGCCCUCCAGCAAUCCACCUAGCCGCCAUAUGUCCAUUUCGGAGCGGGCGCCAUCCAUCGAAUCACUUCAGGGAGAGUGGGCCGUGCAGGCUGCCCAGAAGCGCAAAUACACGCAGGUAUUCAAUGCCAAUGACCGCACCCGUUCCGGCUACUUGACGGGCGCCCAGGCGCGCAGUGUUCUAGUGCAGAGCAAACUGCCUCAGGUGACGCUGGCCCAGAUCUGGACGCUCUCGGACGUCGAUGGCGAUGGGCGACUCAGCUGCGAGGAGUUCAUUUUGGCCAUGUUCCUCUGCGAGAAAGCCAUGGCCGGCGAGAAGAUACCCGUCACGCUGCCCUUGGAAUGGGUGCCGCCAAAUUUGCGCAAGAUUAAAUCGCGUCCGGGUUCGGUUUCGGGGGUGGUCUCGCGCCCAGGCUCACAGCCCGCCUCCCGGCAUGCGUCUGUGUCCUCCCAGUCCGGUGUGACUGCAGGCGAUGCAGAUUUCCUGGCCGGCUUACCGCAAACUUCGUUUGAGGACAAGCGCAAGGAGAACUAUGUCAAGGGACAGGCGGAGCUCGACCGCAGGCGAAAGGUGAUCGAGGAUCAGCAGCGCAAGGAGCGGGAGGAGCGUGAGCGCAAGGAACGCGAGGAGGCGGACAGGCGCGAGAAGGCUCGCCUAGAGGCGGAGCGCAAGCAGCAGGAGGAAUUGGAGCGCCAGCUACAGCGUCAGCGUGAACUUGAAAUGGAAAAGGAGGAUCAGCGUAAACGAGAGCUCGAGGCCAAGGAAGCAGCCAGGAAGGAGCUGGAAAAGCAACGUCAGCAGGAGUGGGAGCAAGCGCGAAUUGCUGAAAUGAACGCACAGAAGCAACGUGAACAGGAGCGUGUCCUCAAACAGAAGGCACACAACACGCAGCUUAAUGUGGAGCUGAGCACUCUAAACGAAAAGAUUAAGGACUUGUCGCAAAAAAUUUGCGACACACGCGCAGGCGUGACCAAUGUCAAGUCUGUCAUUGAUGGCAUGCGCACGCAGCGAGACACUUCCAUGAGCGAAAUGGCCCAGCUAAAGACGCGUAUCAAGGAGCAGAAUGCCAAGCUGAUGCAGCUCACCCAAGAGCGGGCCAAAUGGGAUGCGAAGAGCAAGUCCAGUGGCGCUGCCAUGGGCGGUGAGGCGCAACAGGAGCAGCUAAAUGCUGCGUUUGCCCAUAAGCAGCUGCUGAUCAAUCAGAUAAAAGAUAAGGUGGAAAACAUUGGCAAGGAAAUCGAGUCCAAGAAGGAGGACAUCAACUCGAACGACCUGCAGAUGACGGAGGUAAAGGACGAACUCUCCGCUCUGCUCGCCAAAUGCGAGGAACUCUACAAGGAGUACGAUGUGGAGCGCACCUCCGUGUUGGAAUUGAAAUACAAUCGCAAGAACGAGGUGAUAGCCACCGCCGCUUGGGAUACGGGCGCCUCUAGCGGAGGUUGGGGUGAGCCUGAAGCAGCAGCAACCGAUGCCUAUGGUGGCCUGACCAAUGACACUGGCGCCGUGGCAGCACCAGCUGUGGAUCUGAGCGGGCCAGCGCCCGAGGGUUUUGCCAAAUAUCGCGCCGUCUAUGAGUUCAAUGCCCGUAAUGCCGAGGAGAUAACAUUCGUGCCAGGUGAUCUCAUUCUGGUUCCACUCGAGCAGAAUGCCGAGCCAGGCUGGCUGGCUGGGGAGAUCAAUGGCCAUACAGGCUGGUUCCCCGAGUCCUAUGUGGAAAAGCUGGAGGAAGAAGGACUCGCAGGCGCCGCUGUUACUUCGACCAUCGAGCCAGCGGUGAUCGACGAGCCAGCAGCAGCAUCAUCAUCCAUAAAUCCGUAUUCGGCAGACACCUACAAUGACAAUAUCAAUGUGGCUCCCUCAUUGGACGCAGACCUGACAUCCUCGGGCUCCGAAAUCGAGUACUACAUAGCCGCAUAUCCUUAUGAAUCUGCCGAGGAUGGUGACCUAAGCUUUGGUGCUGGUGAAAUGGUGAUGGUUAUCAAAAAGGAAGGCGAAUGGUGGACCGGCACCAUUGGUAAUCGCACCGGCAUGUUCCCCUCGAACUAUGUGCAGAAGGCGGACGUGGGCACAGCGGUGACUGCAGCUGCAACUGCAGCUGUGACUGACUCGGCUGAUCAGGAGGCUACACUAAACAGCAACUCUGCCUACGCUGCUCAAGUUGAAACAUAUUCGCUGCCACAGGCGCACGCUCAGGAACAGCUGCAUGAAGAGCCACUACCACAGCAGCUGGAGGAGCAGCAGCAGCCCACAGCCCAGCUGGCAGAGCAGACCGCAGUGGCGGAGGAUGCGCACGAAGACCUUGACACUGAAGUUUCCCAGAUCAAUACACAGUCCAAGACACAAAGCAGCGAACCGGCCGAGAGCUAUAGCCGACCCAUGUCACGCACCUCUUCCAUGACACCCGGCAUGCGGGCCAAACGAUCGGAGAUUGCACAAGUGAUUGCGCCGUACGAGGCAACCAGCACCGAACAGCUGUCCCUGACGCGCGGCCAACUGAUUAUGAUCCGCAAGAAGACCGACUCUGGCUGGUGGGAGGGUGAGCUGCAGGCCAAGGGCAGACGCAGACAGAUCGGUUGGUUCCCCGCGACCUAUGUAAAGGUGCUGCAGGGUGGUCGCAACAGCGGACGCAACACACCUGUCUCGGGCAGUCGCAUUGAAAUGACCGAACAGAUCUUGGAUAAGGUCAUUGCUCUCUAUCCAUACAAAGCACAAAACGACGAUGAGCUCUCAUUUGAGAAGGACGACAUUAUCAGUGUGUUGGGCCGUGAUGAGCCGGAAUGGUGGCGCGGCGAGCUGAAUGGCCUAUCCGGUCUGUUUCCCAGCAACUAUGUGGGUCCCUUUGUGACGUCCGGUAAGACAUUGAAAGUGAAUGGCACCUCAAAGCAGGGAAAGCAGUGAAUCUCUCGAAACCCAGACAAACCACGACAGCACCACGCUAAGCUCUCUAUGCUACACAUUCCAACUCCACAUCUUAUGAUUUAUUGAUAUCGAAUAAGCAAUGCCAAUUUGUUCUCGUUAUGUCGUUCUCUUCUUUCAAGAGAAAAUACCAUGCCGACUUAUUAUGUUUAGUUAUAAUUUGUUGCAAUAUUUUCCAUUCGACAUUGUAUGUAUAUCUAUUAUUUGUUAAUUGUGAUUAUUUAGUUUCUAGUGUCUGAUAUUUACACCUAAGUUGAGCGAUGGCUGCUCCUAUCUCGCUCACCCUAUCAUUAUUGUUUAGCCAAUCUAUAUGCCUAGUAGUCCUAGUCCCUUUAUUUUGUGCAUUUUGUAUUUAUUUAGUCUACAUAUUUAUACUUUUAAACCCAUUAUGUGUGUACAUAUAUACAAAGCAAACUAAUUAAAUGCAAUUCUGAUUCCAA